UGCCCUGCUGCACUAGACCAACGACACCUCGACUCCGAGGUUUUGCCCUUCUUCACGCCUCUAAAUCAGCACUGGCAGUGUGUUUGGCACUGACGAUUGUCUCUGCCUGUCACAUCGGCCGACGACUUCGUGCCCGUGCUCUCACUCAUACAAGGUCGAGACCUCCCGUCUCUGGGACCGGUAUCAGGGCCAGAUUGGAAGCCUCACACAGUACUUACACUGGACCGGCUACAUCCAGUGCCCUAUUGAGACAACCACAAGCUCGGCCUGGCCAGGCGGCCGUCACGACUCUUCAGACGCCGUCUACUGCAACUGGAGUCGUCACACUACUAUGGUCGCGGAGCAGCCCCGGGGCGACAGCUCGAGUGCCACUCCGCGCUCCCACCAUGAGGUCAAUGUAGCCGACCAGGAGAAGGCCAUGCUUGGCCAAACUCCGUUUCCCACCCAGCUACCCAUCGAGCCAGCACCGCCCCUUCGCAAGUUGGACUCGAAAGUAGAGACGAAGCAAGGAGAGGAUGAUCAGAAGAAUGAAGAUGCGUUUGCACACUUACCGGAACACGAGGCGGCGAUAUUGAGGAGGCAGCUGGAGAUACCCACAGUGAAGGUGACAUAUGCGAAACUGUUCAGAUACGCCACAACCAAUGACCUCCUCGUCAUGACACUGAGCGCGAUAAUGGCCAUUGCAGGAGGAGCGGCAUUACCUCUCAUGACCAUUAUCUUUGGUACAUUGACCGGUACAUUUCAAGGAUACUUCCAGGGAACUGUGCCAAUCUCGGAAUUCUCAGGCGAGAUUGGCAGACUCACCCUCUACUUCGUCUACUUAGCAAUUGCUGAGUUCGGAGCGACUUAUAUCGCGACGGUAGGUUUUAUCUAUACUGGUGAACACAUCAGUGGAAAGAUCCGACAACAUUACUUGGCCAGUAUUUUGCGACAAAACAUUGGAUACUUCGACAAGCUUGGGGCGGGAGAAAUUACGACAAGAAUCUCUGCCGAUACAAACUUGGUGCAGGAUGGGAUUUCGGAGAAGGUUGGCCUGACAUUGCAAGCAGUCGCCACUUUUAUCGCGGCAUACGUGAUUGGAUAUACCAAAUACUGGAAACUCACGCUCAUCCUCACCUCGUCGAUUGUUGCUAUUUUCCUCACUAUGGGCGCUCUGGGGCAGUUCAUCGUGAAGUACAACAAGGCUUCCCUGUCUUCUUAUGCGGAAGGUGGGACCGUGGCCGAAGAAGUGAUCAGCUCCAUCCGAAAUGCCAUCGCAUUUGGCACACAGGACAAGCUAGCACGGGAGUACGACAAGCACUUGACGAUCGCAGAGAAGUCUGGUUUCAUCAUGAAGGCCAUUACAGGCGCCAUGAUUGGCAUCCUCAUGUGCUACGCGUACAUGACCUACGCAUUGGCUUUCUGGCUGGGGAGCAAGUACCUUGUGCGUGGAGAGACCAGUUUGUCUUCGAUCAUCACGAUCAUUUUAUCCAUCAUGAUUGGUGCUUUUGCGCUGGGCAACGUAGCCCCAAACAUCCAAGCCUUCACCACCGCUAUCGCAGCAGCUUCGAAGCUUUACAGCACGAUUGAUCGCGUCUCACCGCUCGACCCAACUUCCGAAGAAGGCACGAAGCUGGAGCAGUUGCGGGGUGUCGUCGAGCUGCGCAACAUCAAGCACAUCUACCCUUCGCGACCAGAAGUGGUGGUCAUGGCGGAUGUCAAUUUGACAGUGCCUGCUGGCAAGACCACGGCUUUAGUUGGAGCAUCAGGAUCUGGCAAGAGUACCAUUGUGGGCUUGGUGGAGCGCUUCUACGACCCAGUGGGUGGCGCAGUGUUCUUGGAUGGCGUCAAUGUGCAAGACCUCAACCUGCGCUGGCUCCGACAACAAAUCAGUCUGGUGUCGCAGGAGCCGACACUGUUUGCCACGUCCAUCGCCGACAACAUCCGACAUGGACUCAUUGGAACCGAUGCCGAGAAUUUACCGGCCGAAAAGGUUCGAGAGUUGGUAGAGAAGGCCGCGAAGAUGGCGAACGCCCACGAUUUCAUUUGUCAAUUGCCAGAAGGCUAUGAGACCAAUGUGGGCGAACGUGGUUUCCUCCUGUCCGGAGGUCAGAAACAACGUAUCGCCAUCGCCAGAGCCAUCGUGAGCGACCCCAAGAUUCUCCUUCUCGACGAGGCGACCUCAGCCCUGGACACCAAGAGUGAGGGCGUGGUACAGGCAGCAUUAGACAAGGCCGCACAAGGACGAACGACGAUUGUCAUUGCGCACCGUCUCAGCACCAUCCGCGAUGCUGACAAUAUUGUGGUCAUGCAACAAGGACGUAUCGUCGAACAGGGAACACACAAUAGUCUCUUGGAGAAGAAUGGCGCGUACAGCAGUCUCGUGCAAGCGCAAAAGAUCGCUGCCGAGAAUGAGAAGCUAGAAGGAGAGGAGGAGGAGGAAGAACAUACGCCUCUCAACGAAAAGGAUCGCAACUUGCUGCAGAGCGAGAGUGUCGAUGAUGAAGAGGAUACUAACGAUCUUGAGCUUGGCAGCUCGAAGUCCCACCAGUCCAUUUCGAGCAAGGUGCUCGCAAACAAGAAGCAGGGUGGCAAGUCACGAAGUUACUCCCUCUGGACGUUGAUCAAAUUCGUUGCCUCGUUCAACAAGACGGAGUGGCAGUACAUGCUGCUAGGAUUAGUCUUCUCCAUCAUCUGCGGCGCUGGCAACCCUGUCCAGGCCGUAUUCUUCGCCAAGUCCAUCACAUACCUCUCCCUGCCAGAGCCAUACUAUGGAAAGCUCCGCUCCGAAGCCACAUUUUGGUCAUGCAUGUACUUCAUGCUCGCCAUGGUGAUGUUCGUCAGCCACGUGAUCCAAGGCAUUGCGUUUGCCUUCUGCAGCGAGAAGCUCGUCCACCGCGCUCGAGACAAGUCGUUCCGUGCCAUGCUCCGGCAAGACAUUACCUUUUUCGACAAGGAGGAAAACUCCGCUGGCGCUCUGACCUCGUUCCUCAGUAUCGAGACCACCCAUCUCGCAGGAGUGUCUGGCGUUUCCCUCGGAAUGCUUCUCCUGGUCACCACCACACUCGUCGUGGGCUUCAUCAUCGCUCUCGCGAUCGGGUGGAAGCUCGCGCUAGUCUGCAUUUCCACCGUACCGGUCGUGCUCGCGUGCGGAUUCCUUCGAUUCUUCAUGCUGACCCGCUUUCAAGCGCGAUCCAAGAAAGCAUACAUGCAAUCUGCUUCGUAUGCCUGUGAAGCAACCUCUGCCAUUCGAACCGUCGCUUCGUUGACCCGCGAGCACGAUGUCUGGAAUAACUACCAUGGGCAGAUUGUCGAACAAGAGAAGAAUUCGUUCCGCUCCGUCCUCAAAUCCAGUAGCUUGUACGCGGCAUCACAGAGUCUGACGUUCUUGUGCAUCGCGCUCGGAUUCUGGUAUGGCAGCAAACUCAUCAGCAGCGGCGAGUACGACAUGUUUCAGUUCUUUCUCUGCUUCUCGGCCGUCAUCUUUGGAGCACAGUCGGCGGGCUCCAUCUUCAACAUGGCACCUGACAUGGGCAAAGCCCGACACGCCGCUGCCGAGAUGAGAACACUCUUUGAUCUCCAGCCCGACAUCGACACGUGGUCCACCGAAGGAGAGACCCUCACGGACGUGCAAGGAGACAUUGAAAUCCGCGACGUGCAUUUUCGCUACCCCACCAGGCCUGACCAACCCGUCCUACGGGGUCUCGACCUCCAAGUCCGACGGGGCCAAUACGUCGCUCUGGUCGGUGCUUCUGGCUGCGGGAAAUCCACGACCAUCGCCAUGCUCGAGCGCUUCUACCGACCGCUCUCCGGAGGCAUCUACGUCGACGGCAAAGAAAUCUCCACACUCAACGUCAACUCCUACCGGUCCCAUCUUGCGCUCGUCUCGCAGGAACCCACGCUCUAUCAAGGCACCAUACGCGAAAAUAUCCUGUUGGGAGCAGACACCAAGCCCGAAGACGUGCCAGAAGCAUCCAUUGUGCAAGCGUGCCAAGACGCGAAUAUUUACGAAUUCAUCCUGUCCCUCCCCGAGGGCUUUGACACCGUUGUGGGGAGUAAAGGAAGUAUGUUGUCCGGUGGACAAAAACAACGCAUCGCCAUCGCGCGCGCUCUGCUCCGGAAUCCCAAGAUUUUGUUGUUGGAUGAAGCGACGUCGGCGCUGGAUUCCGAGUCGGAGAAGAUUGUGCAGGCGGCGUUGGAUAAAGCGGCCAAGGGACGGACGACGAUUGCCGUGGCGCAUCGCUUGUCGACGAUUCAAAAGGCAGAUAUGAUUUACGUGUUUGAUCAAGGGAGGAUUGUGGAGCACGGAAGGCAUAGUGAGCUUAUUGCGAAAAAGGGGAGGUAUUUUGAGCUGGUGAACUUGCAGAGUCUGGGGAGGCAUUAACAGGCUGCUUCGGUGGAGAGGAUUCUUUUUUGCGCACAAAUGCUUUUGAACAGGGAAGCGUUGGCGUUGGCGAGGGAUGGUCCAUGGAAACAGAGUGGGCUGGCUGGGUGGCUGUCUGGCUUGAGACGCGCAUAUAUCGCAGCCGCUUCAGUCUUGGAGGGAUAGAUGAGCGAGCAUACGGCAGAUGGUUACAUAUUCUACAGUCAUAGAAUAAAUUCUCGCUCGC